GCUGGAUAAUGAAUGAGGACAGAAUUGCGAUGCGAUAGAUGAUGCGGACAAGGGGAGCCCAUUCAUUGUCCUCAGAGACACUCCUUUACAGAAAUAAUUGGAUAUCCUCCCAUAAUGGCUGCUAAAUUUAUACCGCGCCAGGCGUUCCCCAACUAUGCCUCCAUACCCCGGUCCUAUUUCCUAGGUCACCAUAGGGCUGGAUUAAGGAAGAUGCAGAACAUGUUGUCUUCGAUUGAUUAUGUUGUUGAAUGUCGCGACUACAGGGUUCCUGUCACCUCCGUGAACCCUAUGUUCGAGGAAGCCCUUGGGAAGACGAGACGCCUAGUUGUUUACACGAAGAGAGAUCUGGGAGCGGCGGCGGAUUUAAGCUUGCAAAAACAGACUGAAAAGACUAUUCGCAACUUCGAUCGCAAUAGCGCCGUUUUCUUCGUUAGCUCGUCGUCCCGCCCAGAUGUCAGCUCUAUAUUGAAUCACCUGCGCGAAGAUGCCGAGGGGCCGGACAGGCUUGUUGGUUGUCGUGUUAUGGUUGUUGGAAUGCCGAAUGUUGGUAAAUCGACGCUGAUUAACAACCUCCGCAAUCACGGUGUUCGGAAAGCGAAAGCAGUUCAAACAGGAGGACAACCGGGUAUUACGAGGAAGAUCGGAACACCUGUUAAAAUCAUUGAAAGAGAGAAUGGCUCCCAUGUUUAUGUGCUGGACACUCCGGGAGUCUUUAUGCCCUACGUUCCGGACGCAGAGAACAUGCUGAAACUAGCUCUCUGCGGCUGCGUCAAGGAUUCUGUGAUCUCACCCGUCACAUUAGCAGACUAUCUGCUGUACCACAUCAAUUUACAUGAUGCGAAUGCAUAUCAACGGUGGUCUCCAGCCACCAACGAAGUUCUUCCUCUUCUCGACAGAUUUGCGCGUCAGACGGGUCUUCUCGCCAAAGGUGGGAUACCAAAUAUCGAUCUUGCCGCUCUCCACUUUAUCCAGAAGUGGCGUGCUGGUGAACUAGGCAGGUUUAUGAUUGACGACAUAAAAGCGGAAGAGCGCCGUCGCGAAUCAGGAACAAAGGAUGAGGCGAGCAUGAGUCUCACUCAGGCUUUGAAAGCAGAGAAGCUGGCAAGGAAGCAGCAGCAAGUAUUGGAUUCUGUAAAUAAGAGCAAAUAAUUCCCCGCGGAAGUGUAUAUUUAUAUCAAGACCUCUUCAAAUUCUUCCCAGUUGAGCUUCAGUAAGCGUUACGGGAGAACCUUUUGACUAGCAAUGCAAUUGCAG